UAUUUUUUUGAAAAAAAAACUUUCAAAACUUAUGACCAAACGCCUACUUUAUCACUUCGCAAAAUCUCAUUUUGAUACUCUAUAUAUAUUUACGUGUGAGUUUCAAUCAGAAUAAAAGAAGGAGAACGGGUUAGGUUUAUAAUAAUGUCAAAUUAUUUAGUAUAAUUUACUUACAAGAUGAAAAUGUUAAAUAUAUUACUUGAAUGGUCAACUACAUCAUGUUUCAGUUGGCCUUGUGAUAAUUUGAUUAAUUGCUGAAAUGGAAAGAUUAAAUUUUUUUUAAAAGGAUCAGUGAUCAUCACAACACUCAAAAGAUUAAAUUGAAAAUUGAUUUAGCUAAAGACUGUAUGAAUAACUAAAAUCUUUUAUACUUCUAUUUUUCUUUCUCUGGUGUGGAAGUUUGGCUAACAAGCUAAAUAUAUGCUUCAAGAAAGGUGGUGAUGAAAAAUAUAACAAGAUUAUGCUCAACUAAGGCUACUGUAACAGUGAAUGGCAAAUUUCCUGGUCCAACUAUCUAUGCCAGGGAAGAUGAUACCCUACUUAUCAAGGUCGUUAACCAAGUUCAUUAUAACCUCACCAUCCACUGGCACGGUGUCAAACAAAUAAGGACAGGGUGGGCUGAUGGGCCGGCUUACAUAACACAAUGUCCGAUACAGCCAGGGAAAAGCUAUGUCUACAAUUUUACAGUCACAGAUCAGAGAGGAACACUAUUUUGGCAUGCGCACAUUCUCUGGCUCAGGGCAACUGUCCAUGGUGCUAUUGUCAUUCUCCCUAAGCUUGCUUUGCCCUACCCAUUCCCCAACCCCCAAAAGGAAAUUCUAAUCAUUUUAGGUGAAUGGUGGAAGUCAGAUGUUGAAGCUGUAGUUGAUGAAGCCACACAAUUAGGUUUGCCCCCUAAUAUUUCUGAUGCUCACACCAUCAAUGGCCUUCCUGGUCCUGUCUCAACCUGCUUAUCACAAGAGGGAUUCACUUUCCUAGUGGAGCCAGGCAAGAAGUACUUACUGAGAAUAGUCAAUGCUGCACUGAAUGAAGAACUUUUCUUUAAGAUUGCUGGCCACAAGCUCACUGUGGUUGAAGUAGAUUCUUCCUAUGUUAAGCCCUUUAAAGCUGACACCAUUUUAACAACUCCAGGACAGACAACAAAUGUCAUUUUAUCAGCUGAUCUUGGAACUGGAAAAUACUUAAUGGUAACAUCACCAUACAUGGAUUCUCCUAUCUUAGUGAAUAACAGAACUGCUACUGCUACUUUACAAUAUGUAGGCACCAAUACUUCUUCCACCACAACAACUUUAACCGUGCCGCCACCUACAAAUGCCACCCCUAUUGCAAUUAAAUUUAUGGACUCUCUCAGAAGCUUGAAUUCAAGAAAAUAUCCAGCAAAAGUCCCACUGACAAUUGAUCAUUCCCUUUUUUUCACCAUUAGUCUUGGACUCAACCCUUGUGAAUCAUGUUAUAGAGGAUUUCGAAUUGUGGCAGCUAUCAAUAAUGUCACAUUUGUUAUGCCAAGUGUGUCACUGCUUAAUGCACAUUUCUUCAAUAAAAGUGGUGUGUUUACUGAUGAUUUCCCUGGAAAUCCAGCAUAUACAUUUGACUACACAGGGAUUCCACCAGAAAACUUGAGGACAAUGGAAGGGACUAGGCUAUAUAGACUUGCUUAUAAUUCUAAUGUCCAAGUAAUAAUGCAAGAUACAGGAUUGUUGAGCCCUGAGAACCACCCAAUGCAUUUACAUGGCUUCAAUUUCUUUGUGGUUGGAAGAGGCAGAGGAAAUUUUGAUCCAGAGGAAGACCCUAAAAAGUUCAACCUUGUUGACCCUGUUGAGAGGAACACCAUAAAUGCCCCUUCUGGUGGUUGGGUUGCUAUCAGGUUCAGGGCAAAUAAUCCUGGGAUUUGGUUUCUCCAUUGCCAUUUGGAGGUGCACACAACAUGGGGACUGAAGAUGGCUUUCGUGGUUGAUAAUGGAAAUGGCCCUGAAGAAUCUCUUUUACCUCCUCCCAAAGAUCUUCCAACAUGUUAAGAUUUCCUAUCAUUUAAGUGUAUAUAUUCAGAGUAAUCCACUGGUAUGAGUUGUUUGAGCAGGCAAAAAGAGGUUCUUUGAGUAAACAGUUUGCUUUUUCAAGAAUAAAAAAGGUUAUAAUAUCAAAGGGGACAAGUUUGUAUGAAAGUAAUUUUAUGAUAAUGUUUGUGAGAAAAGCUGUAAAUUAUAAAUGAGAUAUGUGUUCUAUGGUAGUACAUUUCUUGCAUAA